AAAGCCUCCGAGUAACCAAUCACCUGGCUGUCUGGAUACCGCUUUCAAAGUCGGCGGGCCAUUUCGCCAAUCGCAAGGCAGAUAUCUCCCUCAGCCUGAAGAUUGAUGGAAAGCUUCACCAAUCAUUUCAUUGAUCUCUGCGAUCUCCCCCGCCCUCGCACGGGAUUGACGAUCCGACCGGCCAAUCGGGGACGCUCAGUCGGCGGGUGGAUGAACGGGGCUCUCUGUAAUGGCGGAGCGUGGCGGGGACGGGGGGGACGGUGAGCGUUUCAACCCGGGGGAGCUCAGGAUGGCUCAACAGCAGGCCUUGAGGUUCCGAGGCCCGGCUCCCCCACCAAAUGCAGUGAUGCGAGGCCCACCACCUCUCAUGCGACCUCCUCCCCCUUUUGGUAUGAUGCGAGGCCCUCCACCACCACCUCGGCCCCCCUUUGGACGUCCUCCUUUUGAUCCCAAUAUGCCGCCAAUGCCUCCUCCAGGAGGGAUUCCUCCACCAAUGGGCCCUCCACACCUCCAGAGACCACCUUUUAUGCCUCCACCCAUGGGAACCAUGCCUCCUCCUCCGGGUAUGAUGUUUCCACCAGGAAUGCCUCCUGUGACUGCUCCUGGUACUCCAGCACUGCCUCCUACUGAGGAGAUAUGGGUUGAAAAUAAAACUCCAGAUGGGAAGGUUUAUUAUUAUAAUGCUCGGACACGUGAAUCUGCAUGGACCAAACCAGAUGGAGUUAAGGUUAUUCAGCAGUCAGAACUGACACCUAUGCUUGCAGCCCAGGCUCAGGUUCAGGCCCAAGCCCAGGCGCAGGCCCAGGCGCAGGCCCAGGCUCAAGCGCAGGCUCAGGCGCAGGCACAAGCACAAGCUCAAGCGCAGGCGCAGGCCCAGGCCCAGGCCCAGGCUCAGGCCCAGGCCCAGGCCCAGGCCCAGGCGCAGGCACAAGCACAGGCUCAGGCGCAGGCGCAGGCACAGGUGCAGGCGCAAGUACAAGCACAAGCAGUAGGAGCUUCCACCCCUACAACCAGUAGCCCAGCACCUGCAGUGUCCACUUCAACAUCAUCAUCCACCCCAUCCUCUACCACUUCUACCACAACAACUGCCUCUUCGGUUUCGCAGACAGUAUCAACACCCACAACACAAGAUCAGACCCCAAGUUCUGCUGUUUCAGUUGCCACGCCUACAGUUAGUGUUUCAACUCCUGCUCCUACAGCCACACCUGUGCAAACUGUUCCCCAGCCGCACCCCCAGACGUUACCUCCUGCUGUUCCUCACUCAGUACCUCAGCCAGCAGCAGCAAUACCUGCUUUUCCACCAGUCAUGGUACCUCCGUUUCGUGUUCCCCUUCCUGGCAUGCCAAUUCCGCUUCCAGGUGUAUUGCCAGGAAUGGCCCCUCCUAUCGUACCUAUGAUCCAUCCCCAGGUUGCUAUUGCGGCUUCACCUGCUACCUUAGCUGGAGCAACAGCAGUUUCUGAGUGGACUGAAUAUAAAACAGCCGAUGGAAAGACAUACUAUUAUAAUAAUAGAACAUUAGAAUCAACCUGGGAAAAACCCCAAGAACUAAAGGAAAAAGAAAAAUUAGAGGAGAAGAUUAAAGAGCCAAUUAAAGAACCUUCUGAAGAACCUCUGCCAAUGGAGACGGAGGAGGAAGACCCUAAGGAAGAGCCAAUAAAGGAGAUAAAGGAGGAGCCCAAAGAAGAGGAGAUGACCGAAGAAGAAAAGGCUGCCCAGAAGGCAAAGCCAGUAGCUACUACCCCUAUUCCUGGUACUCCGUGGUGUGUUGUUUGGACUGGUGAUGAGCGGGUCUUCUUUUAUAAUCCUACCACCCGUCUCUCUAUGUGGGACCGACCUGAUGAUCUGAUUGGAAGGGCGGAUGUUGACAAAAUUAUUCAGGAGCCACCUCAUAAAAAAGGAAUGGAAGAAGUAAAGAAACUAAGGCACCCGACCCCGACAAUGCUGUCCAUCCAAAAAUGGCAAUUCUCUAUGAGUGCAAUUAAAGAAGAACAGGAAUUAAUGGAAGAACUUAAUGAAGAUGAACCUGUUAAAGCCAAAAAACGGAAGAGAAUGUCAAAGAAGUCCUUUAUGUGGAUUGCCCGAGCUUCUCUAUUUAGGAGAGACGAUAAUAAAGACAUUGAUUCAGAGAAAGAAGCUGCCAUGGAAGCUGAAAUUAAAGCUGCCCGAGAAAGGGCCAUUGUCCCUCUGGAGGCCCGAAUGAAGCAGUUCAAGGACAUGCUGCUAGAGAGAGGGGUGUCUGCUUUUUCAACGUGGGAGAAGGAGUUGCACAAGAUAGUUUUUGAUCCUCGGUACUUACUUCUCAAUCCUAAAGAGAGAAAACAGGUAUUUGAUCAAUAUGUAAAGACGAGGGCAGAGGAAGAACGCAGGGAAAAGAAAAACAAAAUAAUGCAAGCCAAGGAAGAUUUCAAAAAAAUGAUGGAAGAAGCAAAAUUUAAUCCAAGAGCUACUUUUAGUGAAUUUGCAGCCAAGCAUGCUAAAGAUUCAAGAUUCAAAGCAAUUGAAAAGAUGAAAGAUCGAGAAGCCUUGUUUAAUGAAUUUGUGGCAGCUGCAAGGAAGAAAGAGAAAGAAGAUUCGAAGACCAGAGGUGAGAAGAUUAAAUCGGAUUUCUUUGAACUGUUAUCUAAUCAUCACUUGGACAGUCAGUCCCGAUGGAGCAAAGUAAAAGACAAAGUAGAAAGUGAUCCACGUUACAAGGCAGUGGAUAGUUCUUCAAUGAGAGAAGACCUUUUCAAACAGUACAUUGAAAAAAUAGCCAAGAAUUUGGACUCAGAAAAAGAAAAGGAGCUUGAAAGGCAAGCCCGCAUUGAGGCAAGCCUUCGAGAACGAGAAAGAGAGGUUCAAAAGGCACGUUCAGAACAAACAAAAGAAAUAGAUCGAGAGAGAGAGCAACACAAACGAGAAGAAGCUAUCCAGAAUUUCAAGGCUCUUUUAUCUGACAUGGUGCGUUCUUCAGAUGUGUCAUGGUCUGAUACUCGGAGGACUCUCCGAAAAGAUCACCGUUGGGAAUCUGGAUCCUUGUUGGAAAGAGAGGAGAAAGAGAAGCUUUUUAAUGAACACAUUGAAGCACUUACCAAAAAGAAGAGGGAGCACUUUAGGCAACUUCUGGAUGAAACUUCUGCAAUUACCUUAACAUCCACAUGGAAAGAAGUAAAAAAAAUCAUUAAGGAAGAUCCUCGGUGCAUUAAGUUCUCCUCCAGUGACAGGAAAAAACAAAGAGAGUUUGAAGAAUACAUCAGAGACAAGUACAUCACAGCCAAAGCUGACUUCAGGACGCUUUUGAAAGAGACCAAAUUUAUAACAUAUAGAUCCAAAAAGCUAAUCCAGGAAUCUGAUCAGCACCUGAAAGAUGUAGAAAAAAUUUUGCAGAACGACAAACGGUAUCUAGUACUAGACUGUGUGCCAGAAGAGAGGCGUAAACUGAUUGUGGCCUAUGUGGAUGACCUGGAUCGCCGGGGUCCACCCCCACCUCCCACAGCAUCAGAGCCCACGAGACGAUCAACAAAAUAAUUCUCAGUACUCUUCCACAGGGGUAUCUUAAUUCAAAAACGCUUGCAUGAGCCAAUUUCCAGGUUUUUACAUGUAUGUGCAUUAGUCAGACUAUUGCAGAACCAUCUGACGAACAGAAGGAGAAGCAUUCGUGAACAGUUUCUGAACAGAGAACACUUUGGAAAUAAUUUAUGCUUUUCUUUGUGUGGCAUGACUGACAUACAUACUCAAAUAUAGGCUGUCUCUAGUAAAUCUAAAAUCUUGAAGCUAAAAAUCAUCCUUUUAUGAGGUGUGGAAGUCAGUGACUUUUGGUGACGUUCUUUCUAGCAGUGUUAAACAUGCAAGACGUAAGAGCAUUUGUGGUUUGAACUUGCAAGAUGCAAAUACCACAGACUCCAAGAAAACCUAAGUUAGGGUUUGUUUUGUUUUGAUUUUGUUUUUUAAAGCGGGUAAAAGAGAAAACACUGAAAAUUGAAUUCUUAUCUUCCAGAGGCUAAGAUUAUUAUAAUGGACAUACUUUUACCUUUGUCUCUAAAGAACACUUUAGUUUUGUUUGUUCACUUACGUGCUUUGAUUACCCCCUCUGAAUUCUAGGCCAAGUCUUGUUUAGCCUAAGAGAAGAUUUAUUUAGUAAUUUCUUCUCAGGUAUGGAACCACGGUCAUAACUAACAUGUUGGCCAGAAUAGGACUGAUGGUUAAACACGUUUUAUUUACCAUUAAGUGAUCUUUAUCAAAUAUUCUGGAUUAGACAACAAAUUAUCUUUCUUGGGUGUUCCCUGUAAACUAUACUCCAGUUUGAAUGUUAAACUUUUGUUUCUAAAGUUUAAUUUUAAGAUGUUUGAAUGUUCAGUUUAUGUAUUUGAACUACAAUAAACCAACCCUUUUUUUAUA